AUGAUAAGUACCAACAUAAUACGUUUUCCAGCCCAGACUUCCCAGAUAUCCAUGUCUUACGAAGCAGUGGUAUUCAAUGGCCAUAUUGUGUCAGGAUCAGAAAUUCUACCUCCUUCGACAUACAUUGGUAUCAACAAUGGCGUGAUAUGCACCAUCUCUAGCACUGCUUUGCAAGGUGAGUUGAUGAUCGAUGCCAAAGGAGCAUUUGUGACUCCAGGAGGAAUAGAUGCCCACGUUCAUGUUGAAGAGCCUAAAAUGCCGUAUUGCGACACCUUUUUGAAUUGCACGAAGGGCGCCUUGGCAGGUGGAACCACCUCCAUCAUUGCGUUUGCAAUCCAAAACGAACAAGAUACAGAAGAAAGCUCAUCGGUCAUAGAAGACAUUGCAAGCUACAAAGAAGUUGCCCAGGGCAAUUGCUACUGUGACUAUGGUUUCCAUUUAAUUGUGAGGAAGCCUUCUAAAGCUCUUCUUGCCAAACUUCCCCAGGUGAAAGAAAUGGGUGUAUCAAGCAUUAAAGUUUACACAACUUACGAAUCGCUUCGCUUGGACGACUCACAGUUACUAGCAAUUCUUCUAGAGAACAAGAAACUUGGCAUCACUCAAAUGAUCCACGCAGAAAACCACGAUAUUAUCAAGUUUUUCAACGAGAAGUUGCAAGAAAAGUCACUUCUCAGCCCAUAUUAUCACGGGGUUUCCAGACCAGUUGAAGCCGAAGACGAGGCUAGUUAUAGAGUGAUUUCUUUAUCAAAAAUAAUCGACAUUCCCAUCCUCAUUGUCCACAUGUCGGCAAAAAAAGCGUUGGACCACGUUCGAGCAGCCCAAGACAGACUAAUACCUAUCAUGGCCGAAACUUGUCCGCAAUAUUUGUUUUUAAAGGCUGCACUCAUGAAGGGAAACUGUCAUCACGACGAGUUUGAAGGAGCUAAAUAUGUUUGCUCGCCUCCUCUUAGAGAGACGGAAGAAGAGUUGAAUGGAGUAUGGGAAUCGAUUCAAAACGGCACAGUCACCAUUUUAUCCAGCGAUCAUGCUCCUUCGAGCUAUGACGACAUUGAUGGAAAGAAAAAGGGGCUCGUAGAAGGAAAACCAGACUAUAAAAAAAUCCCUAACGGACUUCCGGGUGUUGAAACCCGAGUACCACUUAUGUUCUGCUAUGGUGUGGAGCAAGGAAAAAUUUCUCCACAAAGAUUCGCAGAAAUAACCGCAUCCAACCCUGCCAAAUUGUAUGGGCUCGAAGGAAAGAAGGGAACAAUCCAAGUGGGACAUGAUGCGGAUCUAGUGGUUUGGCAUCCAAAGGGAGAAAUCAACUUCAAAUUGAAGAACGAGAUGUUACUUCACCAAUACGAUUACACUCCCUUCGAAGGUAUGGAAUUUUCCAACUGGCCAAAGUACACGCUUCUAAGGGGCAAAGUUGUUUACACGUAUGAGAAAAAUGACGUUUUAAAUCUGCCCCAAUAUGGCAAAUUUCUUUUCCGUAAGGAGAAUAGCCUUAAGAAAGCGUUUUCUCCUGUCAAUGCUCUUUUUACCUAG